UGUGCCUAUGGUAUUUUAAGCUUUAAUUAUUUUCCUUACAUUCCAAAACCAGCUAGCUACUUCCAUUGCUCAAACACAAAUGAAAAGAAAUCUCAUAACCAAGAACUAGGGUUUUUUCUCUCUUUCUUUUCUUUCUUCCAUCACCAAUAGAUACAUUUGGAUCAACAAACAUGAGUUAGGUUUACCUUCUUUUGCUUCAAGUCAGUUGUAAAGUUGAUUCUCCAAAGAAAUAAUUGGCUUUAAUUGGAUCUUGGAAACAAGGGUUGGCUAAUAGGAUCUUUUUCCUAUAUUCAUUUGAGGUUUGAGGGGGCUAUCUUGGAAGAGAGUUGUUAAGCUUCACCCUCACCAAUGGAAACAACAAAGUAAUUUUUGAUAGAAGAAGAAAAUAGAUCAUAAAUGGAAGAGAUAAUUCACAUAUCUAAUGAAGACAUCAAGAAUGAAGGUAACAACGAAAUCGGAGCGAAACCCUCUUCACCAAGUCGAAGAAAACGUUCGUUCUUCGACUUAAACGAAGAAGCGGUGAAUGAUGGAGAUGAUGAUCAUGUGAUACUACUUGUAAGUGAUGAAGGCCCUAAUAGUGGUGAGAUAAGCAACAACAAAGAGAUAUCAUCACAAGAAGGUACUUUAAGUAGCAAUGAUCAUAAUUCAAGUGAUCAAGAAAGGAAAGGGCGUGGAAGUACGGUUAGACAAUAUGUUAGGUCGAAAAUGCCUAGGCUUCGUUGGACUCCUGAUCUUCAUUUAUCUUUUGUGCAUGCUGUUGAGAGGCUUGGAGGGCAAGAAAGAGCAACACCCAAGUUGGUUCUCCAAUUGAUGAAUGUGAGAGGACUUAGCAUUGCACACGUGAAGAGUCAUUUGCAGAUGUAUAGGAGUAAAAAACUUGAUGAGUCUGGCCAAGUUUUAUCCCAGAAAAAUAGGGAGAUGCAAGGAAAGCAUCAUCACAUUUUGGAUAUGUAUGGAAGAUUUAAUGUUCAAGGACACUUUGGUGUUAAUAAUAACAACUAUUAUCACCCAUAUAAUGAAAUCAAAGCUCAUAGCACUUCAAGGUUUCAUCAGAAUGGGCUUUUCAAUAAUCAUGUGAUCUUAAGAUCAAGUUCAAUGUGGGACAAAGAUUUAUAUAAGACAAGUUCACAUAUAUUUGAUGUUAAAGAUGCAAUAACAAGAAAUAGUAAUGGAGCUAUAAAUUCUACUCAAAUAAAUCAAAUACUACCUGAAGAAAAGAAAUGGCCUCCUCGAUUACAAGGAAGUGAAAAUCAUGAAAUUAAAAGCUUGUUUCGAGAUGAUCAUAGUGCACAGCAAUUUUCAUGGAAUCCUGUCUUCACUAAGGUACAUGAUAAAAAGGAUCAAAUGCAAGAAUUCAAACACCAAACUCAAGUAUCAAAGAAAGAGUAUACACCAAGUUUCUUAGAACUAAAGUUAAGUCGAGACUCAGAUAUUAGCGUUAAGAAUCAGAUAAAUAUGAAACCAGCGGACAAAGAAGAAAUACCCACCUUUCUCUCUCUUUAGUUGUUCUCUUCCUUUUCCUCGUAUUCAAAGUGAUGAAAACCAUAAAUAGGUUGGGAGUUUGAAUGUGUUUGCAAAAUUGUACACCAACAAGUCAUUUGGGCUGAGUACUUAAGAUCUGACCAUGUCAAUUAGGGCAUUGGAGUGAGAUCUUUUAAGUACUAGCUUUAUCAGACCACAUUUAUGCAUGCAAGAACAUUUUGUGAAUUUUUGAACAAAUUAAUUUAGCUAUUGUUGUUUCAAUUUGGAUUAUGUUUACUUAUGGAUUACAAACAAUGCCACAAUUAAUUUUCAUUGACUCAACAUGUAGUAGCUUUGAGACACUUGAAAGGUUCCUUUAAUUCAUUAUUUUAAAUAAUGGUAAUUUUAACUGACUUACAGAAGACUUAAUUUAAAAAAUGGUGAGUUGGGAUAAUACAGUUUUUGACAUGAAUGGUGAUGGAGCCUCAGGACCAGAUGGUUUUAGUGGUCAUUUUAAUCAAACUUAUGGAUAUAAUUGGGAAAGACGUGACCCAUGAAGUACUACAUUUCUUCAUACAAGGCAAAAUUCUAGAAGAUUUAAUGUUAAUCUCAUUAUAUAAUGACCAGCGUUUAAACGGACACGGGAGUGCU